AGCUCAGCGUCGUCAGCGUUGCACCCGUUGCACUAAACUCUCUUUAUGUUGAUCCCGCUAUUAUUGUUCUUUGAGUCAGGCAUGGUUUUUCGCACAUGCCUGUUGCAUGAACUCGAGUUAGACGAAGCGAUGUAAUAAUGCAACUACCGUGUACUAAGUAGUAGGAACGGUGCAAGUUUCCAGAGACCACUUCUCCCGGUUUGUUUACUAGGCCACGCUUCGGCGGUAGGUAUGGGUGAAGGAGCCAUGAAACCGUCCAGUCCGUGGCUUGGUCAACGGCGAGCGCGACAACCCGGAAAGAAACCGGCUGCGUGGAAAGGGUCUGUUUGGUGGUUCUACGUUACGAUGCCACGCCUAGCGUCCAAGCAAUGUGACGAGUACUGCUGGCUCUCCAGGAAGCCCUGCAGGAAGAAUUGGGACAUAUGAAGUAUGCAGGCAUCGUAACGAAUGUCACCGAGCCGACAGUUCGGAGUGAAAUGAGAUCCCGCGUGUCGCCGAAGGCGCUUGUUUACCUGUGCAUCGCCGUUAUUGUGGCAUCGUUCUUCAUUACGAACGCACCGAGGUUACAUAUCUGCAUCGGCUCCAAAUGCCACCAGACUAAAUCUGUGCCACUGCGAAAAGCUGAGGUCAGUGCUGUACGCCCCACCUGGAUUCCAGGCAGCGAAAGCGAAACGAUUACGAUGGCAUUUCUCGUCUGUGAGAUGCAGGCCGACCUUGCAUUGGUUGCUAUCAAGUCAGCGAUAGCGUACUCGACGUCGCCAUUGAACCUCAUCAUCCUUACCGACAAGCAAAACGAGGCGCAACUGAAAGAACAGGUGGAAUCCUGGCCGGCCAGCGUCAAGAAGCGCGUCCAUGCGCAACUGAAGCCAGUGCCGCCACCGACCAAUCCGAACAGGACGCUCGAAGAAUGUGCAGCGCAACAACUGUACUUACCAAGCUUGCUACCUGACGUCGACGCCCUCCUUUAUGUGGGCACAGAGAUGGUCUUCGUUCAUCCCGUCGAAGACAUCUGGCGAAUGUUCUACUCGAUGAACGACCAGGAAAUGGUGGGCAUGGCACCGGAGACGGAAAGCAUCACACGCAACUUGUACCUGAAUAAGUUCUCACAGCCAUUCGUUGAACCAUUCGGUGUAAACUCACAUCUACUGCUGAUGAACCUCACACGGAUGCGAGCUUUCGGAUUCGAGCGACGACUAAACGAAUGCACGCGAGAACUCAGAAACGUAACUAUAUCAGAAGUCGAGGACGCGUUGAACAUCUUCUUCGCGCAAAAUCCGGAGGGCAUCUUCACCUUCACAUGCCGCUGGAACUACCGCGUCGAGCACUGCUACAGAGAUGCCUUAUGCACGGACGGGCCGGUGGCCGUCGUGCAUGGCUCGCAGGAUGCUUUCAUGUACCGCAACCCGCCAUUUAUGGCUCUACAUCAAUCCAUGCAGCAGUAUCAGCUCGGCAUGAGCCUUCUUCAAGGAUUCAUCGAACCGCUAAAGAAGAACCUCGCUGGGAUGCACUGGGACGGCUGCCACGUGGAAUUUGUGAGACACCUGGAAUACUGGAGGCUUUCAGCUCAUCGAGUCGACAUGGUGUCCAACAGAACUAUCCCUUUACAAGAGCCUGCUAACUGAGCUGCCCACAGGGGUGGUCGGGUAUGGCAUCAAGCCAUUAAGCUGCGGCCGGUCCUGCCUGGGCCAUCCGGCCGUUACCAGCAGGACCUGAGCAUUCACAAUGUGCAAGAGGGGACUUUUUCAGAAACAUCUUCGUUUCCUCCACAUUCCUCGGUUCCACGGCGUGAAAGAGGCGAACGUUGCGACAAUCUAUUGUUGCGCCACGUCUGCGCUUGCGCUUCCACUAUUUGGCGAUCCAGCGACGGCCUAACUUCCAGCAGCGAGAUCAUGCUCCAGCUCGAAUGGUUUGAAAAGUUAAAAUUACGCCGCUUCACCGGAGAUGCUGCGCGAAGGCUCAGAAUCCGCGGAACGUGACACGGGCUUUCAGUGAGAAAUUCGUCUGUUGAAAUAUGUCACUGUGAAAUCACGAGAUCUGCUUAAAGUCUAUAUAUAAUCGUGAUCACAUGAAGUUCCCAUGAAGCGCGCGCGCUGGUAAACAGCUACAAGCGCGGGUUGUUGUGUGUUUCUAUGUACGUGUGUGUGUGAGUGUGCGUUAAAUAAAGUUUAGCCGGAAGCGAAUAUAACCGUAGCUCGUCGCCUGUCGUGCUCCCAUGAUUGCACAGUUUUUCCAUAGUUUGAACGCACACCAGCAAGCCCGGAUAACAACCAUUUUGUGUAUUCAUUCAUUCACGAAACUUUAUUAACAAGAGUCCCGAAGCCCCAUACUUCCAGGCCGAGGCGGACCGCGUCCACGUCGGCACCGUCAGGUCACUCCCGAUGGCGCCAUCGUGGACCCUCUCUUCGAACCAUGCUUGUUUGUUGCUAUGGCUUUGUUGUAGGUAUGUAAUUGUUCAUAGGUUCGUGUUGUAUAUAGGUAUACAGAGCGCGUUGACGCUGAUGUUGUUGAAAUAAAGCAUUCAGUUUU